UAAGCUUCAUGGGAAGUAAACUCAGACAUGAAAACAUGCAGCAAAUUUGCUGGGGUGUUACUGGGAUUAACACUUGUAGAGAAGGAAGGAAGCGGGGUUAGUAGUGGGAGAAAUUGGCUGUGUUGCGGUCCGAGGGUUACCCAUGUGGCCUUUGUUGGCUUCAGACUUGGUUAGGAAGGGAUUACCUUUCGAAAUUGCCCACACUUGAGAAGUCUGGGCCUCCUUCACUGGGCAGCCCCUGAAUGCAAGCUCUGCCGCAGCGCCCUGAAGGGAAGUGAGAUCUCGGUGAGGCAGACUUUCUCCAGCUGACUGGAGCUAAGCUAGUUCCCGGAGGGGGCAGACAAUGCAGGGCUUUCAGCUGCCCCUCCAGUAAGUUACGGAAGAUUGCCCUUCAAAGGGGAUAAGCCUAGGGGUGUCCAGAGAGCGUGGCAACAUGUCCUCUGUGGUGAUCGUAAUGCAAUUAGGAUUGAAACAGUCUGGCUUUUCUCAGGCGGCCUGUCCCGUUUUUCAACUUUUCCUUUAUCAUGAGUUCCUUCAUUCACUGAGGAUAUAAAGAGGGUGGUAGGCAGGGGAGGGAAAUCUCCAAGAUGGACAUCCAAAUCUGGGUCCUUUUAAGUGACACCGACCAGAAUCUAUCCACCACUGCUGCCCUUCACGGCCUAGAUGAACUGCUCUAAGACUCUAAACUGUAUGUGGAGAAAUCCGGGUUCGAUGGUUAAUUUUACAGGUCAGCUGGACCGUUAUAUGCCCAGAUAUCUGGUUAUCCGGGUGUGUCUCUGAGGGUGUUUCUGGUCAGGGUCGACGUCCGAAUCGGCAGGCUGAGUAAAGGAGGUUGCCCUUCCCAUGGGGGUGGCCUCAUCCAGUCUGUUGGACACCCGGAGAGAACAAAAAUUCAGAAGAAGGAUUUGUUCUCUUUCUGCCUGCCCGGUCUUUCCCUGCUUUUGGACUCAGUGUGGGAUUUUCACCAUCAGGUCUUCUGAGGCCUUCAGACUUGGACUGGGGCUAUACCGUGGGCUCUCCGGGUCUGAAGCUUGCCGACCGAAGAUCCUGGGAGCCCUCAGCCUCUGGAAUCAUGUGGGCCAAUCCCUGCAUCUGUCCCCCACUGGUUCUGUCUCCCCGGAAACCCGGGUCUUAUCAGAGGAAACAGUUCCUUUCAGCUUGGUGUGAACGCACAAACAUCGCAGAGACAGGAAUUUGAGAAGAGGCUGGAGGCAGAGGGCUGACAGUUCUCGAUGGGGCUAAGACAUUAGAACCCCGAUGAACUAAUGCGGAAAUCCCAAUCUGGAUGUUAAGGUUAAGAAACUGAGACUCCGGGAUGAGGUAACUUGUGCAGCAUCACAUGGGACCAGCCAGGAUGCCCGUGGUUGGAGUACUAGGUCUCAUAGAUGAUGCACUCCAAGCUCUAAAGAAGUCAAGCAAGGAUUGAAGGGUCUGGAGGGGAGGCUUUCUUGCAGGAAGACAAUGACAAGAGAAAACUGGGCCCCCAGUGCUCUGAGACAAGAGGGCCUUGUUAAAGGGAAGGAUGACACCUGGAAAUGGGGAACCAGCUUCCAAGGGAGCAGCUCCUCUGUUUGGGAGACCUCCCACCUGCACUUUAGACAGUUACGGUACCACGAGACAUCUGGACCCCAGGAGGCGCUGAACCGGCUGCGGGAGCUCUGUCGCCGGUGGCUGAGGCCAGAAGCGCGCACCAAGGCCCAGAUCCUGGAGCUGCUGGUGCUGGAGCAGUUCCUGAGCAUCCUGCCGGGGGAGAUUCGGACCUGGGUGCAGAUCCACCGCCCCGGGAAUGGUGAGGAGGCCGUGGCCCUGGUGGAGGAGCUGCAGAGAGACCUCGAUGGACCAGCACUAAAAGUUCCGGUCCUCAUCCUGGACCAGGACCCUCUCCAGGGGGGCAUGAGCUCUCCAGGAACAGCACUUCCUCAGGUGCCCACGGGGAGCCACACAGCAGCCAAAGUUUGCCCAGACCCUCCUGCUGACCCAGCGGUGGUCAGCCUCCAGGAUCCUCUGCAUGAUGCUCCUGCCUCUGAGGCUUCUGCCCUUUUCCAGGAAGAGAACCCAAGAAAUCAAUUAAUGGCACUCAUGCUCCUAACAGCCCAGCCCCAGGAGCUGGUACUGUUUGAAGAGGUGUCGGUGUGCUUCACUGUGGAGGAGUGGGCGUGUCUGGGACCGAUCCAGAGGGCCUUGUACUGGGAUGUGAUGCUGGAGAACUAUGGGAGCGUGACCUCUCUAGAAUGGGAGACCAUGGCUGAGAAUGACGAGGUGGCGUCAAAGUCAAGUGCAUCGCAGAGAGCAGACUCCCAGAAAGGAACACCAAAAAGACUUCAAGGAGGCAUUCCCCAGGUCCUUGAUUUUGAGAAAGAGUGUGAAUGGCAAGUUUUGGCAAGUCAGUGGGAAAAAGGAUCAAGUGAACGAGAUACACUGAAGAAAGGCGUCCUCCAUGACCGAGACAAGAAAAAAAGGAUUCUGCCGGAAAAACGAGGCCAAAAGGGGAAGGAAUUUGGAGAAAGCUUAACUGUAAGUUCAGCUCUUUCUGAAAGUUUAAUGGGUACUGAAGGAAAGAAGAUUUAUAAAUGUGACAUUUGUUGUAAACAUUUCAAUAAAAUCUCCCAUCUUAUAAACCACCGGAGAAUCCACACUGGUGAGAAACCUCACAAAUGUAAGGAGUGUGGAAAAGGCUUUAUUCAGCGCUCAAGCCUUCUCAUGCAUUUACGGAACCAUUCAGGGGAGAAACCUUAUAAGUGUAACGAAUGCGGGAAAGCCUUCUCUCAAAGCGCUUACCUUCUAAACCAUCAAAGAAUCCACACCGGGGAGAAGCCUUACAAGUGCAAGGAGUGUGGAAAGGGCUUCUACAGGCACUCGGGCCUCAUUAUACAUCUGAGGCGCCACUCCGGGGAGAGACCCUAUAAAUGUGACGAGUGUGGGAAAGUUUUCUCGCAGAAUGCUUACCUCAUCGACCAUCAGAGGCUCCACAAAGGCGAAGAACCUUAUAAAUGUAACAAGUGUCAGAAAGCUUUCAUCCUGAAGAAGAGCCUCAUUUUGCACCAGAGAAUCCACUCUGGGGAAAAACCCCACAGGUGCGACGAAUGUGGGAAAACCUUCGCCCAGACCACUUACCUGGUCGACCACCAGCGACUCCACAGUGCAGAGAACCCAUACAAAUGUGAGGAGUGUGGGAAGGUUUUCAUUCGGAGCAAAAGCCUCCUUUUACACCAGAGAGUGCACACGGAAAAGAAGACCUUUGGCUGCAAAAAAUGCGGGAAGGUUUUCGGUUCUAAGUCACACCUCAUUGACCAUAAGAGGAUGCAUAGCAGAGAGAAGCCCUACAAGUGCACUGACUGUGGGAAAGCCUUCACUCAGAGUGCGUACCUCUUUGACCACCAGAGACUCCACAACGGGGAGAAGCCCUACGAAUGUAGUGAAUGUGGGAAAGUUUUCAUUCUUAAAAAGAGCCUCAUCUUACAUCAGAGGUUCCACACUGGGGAGAAUCUCUAUGAAUGUAAAGACUGUGGCAAGGUCUUUGGCUCUAACAGAAACCUGAUUGACCACGAGAGACUCCACAACGGGGAGAAGCCCUAUGAAUGUCGAGAGUGUGGGAAAACCUUUAUUAUGAGCAAGAGUUUCAUGGUCCAUCAGAAACUUCACACACAGGAAAAAGCCUACAAAUGUGAGGACUGUGGGAAGGCUUUCAGUUACAAUUCAAGCCUGCUGGUGCAUCGGAGAAUCCACACAGGGGAGAAGCCCUUUGAGUGCCGUGAGUGUGGAAGAGCUUUCAGUUCCAACAGAAACCUCAUUGAGCAUAAGAGAAUCCACAGUGGUGAGAAACCCUAUGAGUGUAAUGAGUGUGGCAAAUGUUUCAUUCUGAAGAAAAGCCUCAUUGGACAUCAGAGGAUUCACACAAGGGAAAAGUCUUACAAAUGCAGUGACUGUGGGAAAGUCUUCAGUUACCGCUCAAACCUUGUAGCCCAUCAGAGAAUCCACACCGGCGAGAAGCCCUAUGCAUGUAAUGAGUGUGGGAAGGGCUUUACAUACAACAGAAAUCUUAUUGAACAUCAAAGAAUUCACAGUGGGGAGAAAACCUACGAGUGUCAUAUAUGUAGAAAAGUCCUUACCUCUAGUAGAAAUCUUAUGGUACAUCAGAGAAUCCACACUGGAGAGAAACCUUAUAAAUGUAGUGAGUGUGGGAAAGACUUCAGUCAGAAUAAAAAUCUUGUCGUACAUCAGAGAAUGCACACUGGGGAAAAGCCAUACGAGUGUGAGAAGUGUAGUAAAUCUUUCACGUCUAAGAGGAAUUUAGUUGGCCACCAAAGAAUCCACACAGGGGAGAAACCAUAUGGGUGUAAUGAUUGUAGUAAAGUUUUUAGGCAAAGAAAAAACCUUACUGUGCAUCAGAAAAUUCAUACAGUUGAAAAACUCUGUGAAUGUGAUGAGUCUGAAAAAGAAUUCAAUCAGACUUCAAACCUUCAUCUUCAACAAAAAGUCCAUGCCGUGAAAGAAUGCUCUUGGCCUCACAAUACCAAUGAGCUGAGCCCAAGAUAGAGAUUUGGAAAAUCUAGUGUCCCUUUUACAAAAGGGAAUACAAUUUCUGCCUAUUUAAGUAGCUGCUGGAGAAAUGACAGUAUCUAGUUCUCAAUAGGAAAAAAUGUGAUUGCCUCUUUUAUAUUCAAGUAAGUUGCAUGUGGAAGAAAGUUAUUCUAGACUUCAAAAACAAACCAAAUUUUAGUUAAAGGAUAUUCUGUUCCAGAACAUUUGUUAGGACCUAGAAAGAGGCCUUAGAGCAAUUGAGGACUAAAGAAAUUGGGCUUAUGGCUUAUUAAGAAGUAAUGAUAUUGUAAGCAAUAGGAAAGAUAUCUCUGUAUUAAGAAGUGGAAGUCGUUUCUGAAAAUGUGUGCACUACACAUUUUAAAGACAGAAUCACUGCUGCAGUAAGUCUGUAUAGAUAGUAGACUGAGCCCUGUCAGACAUGGAGAUGGGUGAGCCAGAGUCUGGGGUUGGCCCCGGCCAGGUAGCUCAGUUAGUUAAUGCAUCAUCCUGAUGUGCCAAGGUUGGGGGUUCCAUCCCUGGUCAGGGCACAUACAAAAAUCACGAAUGCGUGAAUAAUUGAAACAACAAAAAUCUCUGUCUCCCCUUUCCUCUAAAAAAAGAAAAGUCAAUUAACAAAGAGGCUUUAUUUUUUUAAAAAGUCUGCUGUUGGAGAGCGACGUCAGAAGAGCACUAGACUUGGAAUCAGAAGACUGAGGUGUAGGUCCCGGCGAUUUCCCUCACGAGCUCUGCAUUGUUACUCAUUCAGCUUCACUUUCUCUGUCGGUCAGACGCUGGCAUGAUGCCUACCUCACAGGUGGUUAGGAGGACUAAGCGAUCUUUGUGAAAUCAUUUUGUCAAUGAAAUUGGAUAAAAGAGGUGUAAUCUAGAACAUGGCACAGUGUAAUGUUUGUUCAGACUCUGAAACUCAAAAGGUAUUCACUUUUAUAGCAGGGGAAGUGUGGUGGACAGCUAACUGGAAUUGAGCACUCUAAGAGGACUUUAAAAAUAUAGCUUUAAAAAUGUUUAAGCGAAUUCAUAGAUAAUAUGCCUAGUUUGUUUUUAUGUACCAGUCCUGGCUUACUGUGGAAAAAUAGUAUAUACAGCCACUAACACUGAUACCAAGGCAAACAGUUUCUUUCCAACCUUUGAAUUUGAAACCUAGUGGGUGUAGAGGGUCAGAUUGGAAGAACAGUCCCGUAUCACUUCCCUUGCUCGUGGGGAAAGUCCUUACCUCCCACCCGUGAGCUGAUUAUCCCUGCCACCGCUGUUCUCAGUUCUGAUCACCUUUCCGUCGUGACUGACACGAGAUGGCCUGUUACUCCAGAAACAGUGUUCAAUCCCAGCACUCAGCAGCAUGGGUUCUCCACGGAGCCCAGCCCUUCAAGCUCUCCUUCAACCAAUUCAGAACCCACCUCUGGGCAGUCAGGCCCACUAUUCCCCAAACCAACCAUUCAUUCCGUGUUCCCUUUUGUACAUUUAUGAAGCUAAUUCAGCCUGUAUUCUUGAGUUGGUAACUUUAUGUCGUUCUCUUAUGUAGUACUUCUCCAAACUUCAGGUCUGCAGCUGGACUAUGAAUACCUUAACAUCAGGAUUGUGUUUUCUAAUGCUAGUAAGUGUCAAAGUAGUGUGUUGAUUGUAAUAAGUAUUAUUCAUUCAACCCCAAAGUUCGUGAGAGUUGGUUCCUCAUCAGAAUGAAGGAUACUGAAGAGUGGAAACUGGCCGAAGCCCACGGCUUAAAGUGUGAUGACCUGGUUAUGAGUCAAGCUGCAGCUUCCCUUGGACAAAUGUCUUUAUUUCCCGGAGCCUGAUUUCUUCCUCUAUAAGUCAGGAGGAAGACCACCUACCUCACCGAGUUGUUACAAGGUAUUGAAUAUGAAAAUGCUUUAUAUCCAUGCUGCGGAAGGAGGGUUACUCCAGAUUAUGUCAUGUGGUUACUAAAGGAAUCACGUACUUUGACAAUGGAGAAAGCUAGUGUUUACCGCUUAACCAGUUAAAAUGCAACAGCAAUACCCUGAACUUUGUGGCUCAGCUGGGCGUCAUUCUGCCAAGCAAAGGGCUGCUGGUUUGAUUGUUGUGGGGGCACAUGCCUGGGUUGCGGAUUCGGUCCCUGGUCAGGGCAUGUGUGAGAGGCAAAUGAUCGAUGUUUCCCUCUCACAUUUAUGUUUCUCUUCCUUUCUCCUGCCCUUCCCCCCUCUAAAAAUCUUUUCUGGGUAAUGCAAUAUCACUAAGGCUGAAACAGCUCAUGUACUGUACCACCUCAUGUGACCCAAUAAGCCAAAAGUAAAACCUGAAUUCAGGGUUUUUGGAUCCCAGCUUACAGGAAACACAAGAGUAGAAGAACAAGAUAAAUGACACCUCAAGAUAAAAUUCAGAACAUGGGGUACUGUAUAAAAAAACUGCAUUCUUCAAAAAGAUACAAUGAUGGAAAGGGGAGGGGUAAUAAUCUUUUGAGUACUGAGAGUUCAUCGUACUGUUCCAUGCUUUUAUAUAUGUAUAAAUUUAACAGUAAAAGGUAUACAAAGUGGAUGAGGAGGUUGUUUCUAAAAGGUACUAAAGAGCCAUAAGAUGCUAAUAAGCCAGGAGUAGACUCACACAAAUGCCCAGUUGAUUUUUGACAAAGAUGCCAAAUCAAGUUGGUAAAUGAGGGCUUUUUCAGCAAAUGCUGCUGGAGCAAUUAGAUGUCCAUAGGCCAAAAAAAAUAAAAUAAAAAAUCAUGAACUAAGUCUAAGCAAAAAACUCAGAUUUGUGUAAAAAACAUGUUCUAUAAAAGGAAAAAGUGAUAAUUUGGGUCUCAUUAAAUUAAAAUGAUUUGCUUCUUAAAAGGCUCUUUUAAGAGGAUUUAAAGACAUUACAGAAGGGGAAGAAAUAUUUACAAGUCAUAUAUCCGUACAGGAUUUGUAUCUAGACUAUAUAAAGAAUUCUCCAAACUCAAUCAUAAAUAGAUUUAAUUAGAAAAUGAGCAAAUAUCAUAGACACUUCACCAAAGUAUAGAUGACAAGCAAAUGAAAAGAUAUUCAGCGUUAUUAGCCAUUAGGGAAAUGCAAAUUAAAAAUAACCACAAAUAGCUUUUUAAGAAAUAGUGUUAACACCAAAUGCUGGCAAGGAUGUGGAGAAACUGGAUCUCUCAUUUGCCAGGAAUGUUAAAUGGCACCGCCAUUCUGGAAAAUAGUUUGGCAGUUUUCUUCCAAGUAUUUAUCCUCCUGAGCAUCACCCUCCAGAGAAAUGAAAACUUAUAUUCACAUGAAAACCUGUACAUGACUGUUCAUAGCAAUUUUAUUCAUAAUUAAAAUUCUUAAGUAACUGAAAUAUCCUUCAGCAGGUGGUUGUAACAGACUGGUAUGGCUGUACCACAACUACUUCCUGCUUUGCAAUAAAACGGGAUGAUCUACUGUACCUCCAGGCACUCAACUCAAGUGAAUCACAAGAGAAUUAUGCUGAAUGAGAUUCAAAAAGUCAAAUAUGGUUUCAUGCAUAUAAUUUUCUAAAAUGACAAAACUACAGAGGUAAAAAGCAGUUGUCAGGGGUUGGGGAUGGUGGGAGGGAGCAGGGGGGAGGGAGCGGUAGCACGAGGGAGGUCUUUGUGGUAUUGGAACAGUUGUUAUGUUGAUAGUAGUGGUUACACAAAUCUAUACAUGUGACAGAAUGACAAGUGUACACGCACAUUGUACCGAUGUUGAUUUUCUGGUUUUCUAAUAAUCAUAAGAGAUAGAUCUGUUGGGAGAAAUUAGAUGAAGGGUAUUUUAUCUUUGCAACUUCCUACGAACCUAUAAUUUCCAAAUAAAAAUUAAAAACAGUCUAAAGAGAUAAUCAGAUGCAGUCUGUGAAACUGAUCUGGAAAAACAAGAUUAUGAAAUACAUAUUUUAGGGCAGUUGGGAAAAUUUAAAUACAACUGGAUAUUAGGGGAUUAUUGUUAAUUUUCUUACCCGUAAUGGCGGUGUUUGGAGAAUAUUCCUAUUAAGUGAUUGAAUAUUGAAGUAUUUGGAAUGAAGUGUUUUGAUGUUUACAACUUUCAAAAAAUGUUUUUCAGUAUUUAUAAAAUAUAAGGGAAACGAGAGAAAGCGAUGGUUGUUAAGUCCAGAUGGAGGAUACAGGUAUCCAUUGUACCUUUCUUCCGAUUUUUCUGUGCCGUUUGAUAUUUUGAAAAUAAAACAUUUGGGGCAAAAUUA